AUGGUACAUACGGUAAAUGACCAGAUUCAACUUAGUGAGAUUUCACACUUAGGGCCAUCUCGAUGCCCUCAGACUUCCCCUUCUUUUCAGGUCAAGAGCUAUCCAUUCGAUGCUUCCUUUUCCUUUUCUCGCUUUGUUGAAUUAUGGCAUUGGCUCUUUUCUGGGCUAAUUGGAUCUGAAACCGCGUUUGUGGUAUUUCCAAACUACGUCCCUUGCAAUGGUUUAGAAACGAUUCAACAUGAAAGCUAUAUAUCAUUGAAUGCCGAACUCCAACCGUUCCCCCUUUCACAUUUAGCUUCCAACAAAAUCCAUUGCGCUGUGUUUCGUUCUGAUCAUGAGUGCUCUCGUGAACAACCGGCUUCAUGGAGUAAUUCCGCUUUCAAUUCCUUUCUCAGUGGCUUUUCUGACUUAAUGUCAUUCCGCAAUCCUAGUUUUGACAUUGAUGUUACUUUUGUAUAUUCUCCCUCUUCUCUAACUUUGCGUUGGGAUUGCCAACGAUUCUCUUCAGAAAUCGCAGACUACAUUUUCAAAAUGAUCCUUCACAAAGGAAAAAACGAAAGUUUACCUUUGUCUCUUCUAAAUCCAGAUCCUGUAGAUCACCUAGGUUCGAAAGACUCCAACCAAAUCACCGGUAACUCGAACCAUUACUUACAUGGAUGCUUCUAUCACAAUGUCCUUUCGAACCCGACUCAAGAAGCUCUCAACUUUGUUUAUUCCCAUAAUGAUUCUUUUUCUGAUUCUACGUCUUUUACGUUUCAAGAGCUUCAUUCUUUUGCAUUCACCAUCUCAAAGUCCAUUCCUUUUCAUAAUAAAGUUGUCCCUAUCAUGAUUCCCCAUUCUCCAAGUCUUUUCAUCGCCAUCUUGGCCGUCCUGUACAGCUCAAAUGCAUACUGUCCCAUAGACGUGGAAACAAUCCCGGAACGAGUUCAGUUCAUAUGCAAAGAUACAGAUGCAAGCUUGGCAAUUGCUGAUCCAGCACUUGCAGAAAGAUUCUCUACCAAUGUGGAAUUAUUACAGCUUUCCGACCAGAGUCUUCCCAACCUAAAGACACCUGAUCCCUUGCCAUCCAUUUGCUUUGCCUCUUCUCCAGACUCUACCGCAUAUGUGCUAUAUACGUCCGGAUCUACUGGGACCCCCAAAGGUGUUCCAAUCACCCAUAGAUCAGCCGUCAAUUCUAUCUUUUCUCACUCUUUUCUUUAUCCAAAAUUUGGUGUAUCACGAGGCGAUAAAUGGCUCCAAUUUGCAAAUGUAACUUUUGAUGUUUCGGUUUAUGAGAUCUUUGGUAAUUGGAACAUGGGACUUUCUUUAGUUACCUCAACCAGGCAAAAUCUUGUCGGGUGUUUAGAAUUUUUAAUCCACGAUUUUGAAAUCACCGCGCUGGAGCUAACACCAACCGUUGCUAACGUAAUUUCCGUCGAAGAAAAUAUUCCCUUACUAAAGAAUGUCCGUAUGUUGCUUUCCAUUGGAGAGCUUUUAACAAAACGUGUAAUCGAUUUUUGGGAUAAUCGACUUGUUAACGCAUACGGCCCGACGGAGGCUGCCAUACAUGUUACUCUUAAUGCUUCUCAAAGGUUUACUUCUGUAUAUUUGGUUGGCUCUCCCUUAAUUGCUGCAAUGCUUUGCAUUUGUGACACGCAACCCGACUCAUCAAGCUACCCUAUUAGUGAGGAUGGGUUCCUUGGGGAAGUUUGUAUCGCUGGUCCUCAGCUUUCCCGAGGAUAUCUGAAUAGAGAAGAAUUAAAUGUAAAAGCUUUCACUACUGCAUUUGAUCGCAAUGGCCGAUCUUAUUCCAUAUAUAGAACGGGUGAUUGUGGCCGAAUUAUAAACGGCCGUCUUUACAUUUAUGGUAGGAUCAGUGGUGACAUGCAAGUGAAGAUAAGGGGGAGAAGAGUGGAGUUAGGAGAAAUUGAAUCCAAAUUGGCACCCGCUGCUCAAUCUUUAGCCGUGGAGAAAAUUGAUGAGCGUCUGGUAGCCUUUUUUGUCGGAAGUGAACAAAACGUUAAAAAUCAAGCUGAGACAAAUCUGCAAGCUUGGAUGAGACCAACAGACUAUGUAUCCGUUGAAAGUCUUCCUUAUCUUCCUAGCGGUAAAACGAACCGUAAAGCCUUGAAAUCCCUAUUUUCUACGCAACCAACCAAGGAACAAAACGCUUCUUUAUCAAAUCAAAAGGAAGAAGUGGUCUCAACUGUUGUUAGAGAUCAUUAUCAUCACAAACAUAACGAAUAUCCUAAUGUUAAUCGGUUUACUUCGAUUUUCGAGUUAGGCUAUGAUUCCUUAGAUGCAGUACAGUUAUCACGCUCUUUCUCCAAGUUAGGCUAUAAAGUAUCUUUGUCAAAGUUGCUUUCAUCACACAUUGUUGAAAGCAUUGCCGAAGGGUUAGUUGCGAUAAAUUCUUCCAAGGAUAAGCGUGCCGUACAAGCUGAAUCGAGCAUGUGUACUGAUCUCCAAAAAGGAAUGCUUUACGAAUCUUUAAUAAAGAAUGGAGAAGUUUACGUAAACCAUGAUGUGCUGAAAAUUAAUGCCUCUGCUAAAGACGUUGAAAAGGCUUGGCAUCAAGUAUUAAAAUCUCACUCGUUGUUGAGAAGUUCAUUUCAUCUAGAUGAUAGGGAAGGUUUUAUUCUUCGUAUAAAUCAAGAGGUCUCACCAGUUCUCGUAUAUUCCGAGCAUCCAUUCACUGAAACUCAAAAGCAUUUUGAAAACUUUCGAUUCACUGAGGAGUUUUUUAGUCGUGGGCCAUUGGAUGCUGUAAUAAUACACAAUUCCAGCGAAUGUUAUUUAAGCAUCAUAUGGCACCAUGCCCUCUAUGACGGUUGGUCUUUGGAUGUCAUAAGACAACAACUUGAAUUGUUGUUAAAAAAGGGACCAUUACCUAUUUACUCACAGUUUGGUGAGUACGUACAUGAAUUAUGCCUUACCAAACAGAAAUAUUUGAAAGAAAACAUGCAUUUUUGGAAAGAAUAUCUGAAAAAUUCUAAUUCGAUGAGCUUAAAGCAUCACACUACAAGCUUUUCUUCUAUAUCUGGGGCAACUAAGCUUAAAGCUUUUCACAUAGAUGAUUAUUGUAAAUCAUUGCGUAUAACACCUUUAUCAUUUCUUUUGACAGCAUGGUCGGCAGUCAUGUCCAAGCAUACCGAAAGUCUUGAUAUGUUAAUUGGUACCGUUAUAUCCGGAAGAAUGAACAAUUUAAUUGAAAAUAUUGAUUACAUUGUUGGUCCAUGCAUGCGAACCCUUCCUGUUAGGAUUGAGCUUUCGGAACAGCAUUCACAUCAGCAAAAUUGCCAGAGGACAUUGUCAAGUCUAACUUCAAUUCUAGAUCAUACUUCUGUCUCUUUAGCUGAUAUUCAAGAGUUUCACGAGAAUCCAGUUCAACUGAAUAGUUUGCUAAUUUUACAACAAUCCGCUGUCACCCUCGAUGAUAACAUUAUUGCAUCCAUUUCCUCUACUAAUAAAACCGAAUAUCCACUUUUAGUUGAAGUGGAUAAGCAUGAACAUUACGAAAUAAAGAUUACGGGAAAAUUCCAGGAUAAAUAUUUGGAAACAUUGGUACACGAUUUUCAAAACAGCAUCAACAGGACCAUUAUGCAUGCUGACGCUUUAUUCACUUUUAAUCAUAUUUCAAAUGGUACUGACAAUUUAAAUGACAAUGUUGACGCUCUUGAUAACUUUGAUGAUGUAUAUGAAAAUGAGGAUUUAGUAAGGUCUAGCCUGUCAAAGCUUUUGAAUAAGUCGUUGCACUCCGUGGACCACUUUGAGAAUUUACAGUUAUAUGGGCUUGACUCUUUGAUGCUGCUACGUGUCUUCUCCGAUUUACGGAAAAAAGGAAUUCAAGAUCUGAACUUUUCACAAAUCGGAUCUUAUCCUUCCAUAAGUACACUAUGUCGAAUGGUUAAUAAAGGUAAAGCCUCUCCUACUCAUGGUAAGAAAUCAGUGGAAUUCUAUAAACCGGAGGACUUGAAUAAUUCUUUAAUUAAUGAUUCAAAUAUCGAGGAUAUAUUUCCUUGUUCCCCUAUGCAGCUAGCGCUUCUUACCAGCACGGAAAAGAAUGGAAUGCAUUUCUAUUACAAUAAAUUUCUCUUUGACAUAGGUGACCAGUCAUCUUCAACCGUGUUGGAUAUUUUUGGAAAGUUAGCUCGUGCAUUUCCGAUCCUCAGGACCUGCUUUUAUUUGACGAACUCUUCCAAAUAUCCUUACUGCCAAGUCUUACUAAAAAGUUCCAAUUUUGCUUUUGAAGAAGCUUCUUAUUUGGAUAAUCGCCUAACUUCUUACGACGUAGAACCCGUUCCGGUCGUUGAUUCAGGAAAAGUCCCUCUGCGUCUCCAGUAUCUGCGUGGUUAUCAAAAGAAUUACCUAUUAAUUUACAUGCAUCACGUGUUAUAUGAUGCAUGGAGUUUCAAAAUCAUUUUUGAUCAACUGGCCAAACUAUUUAGAGGAGAACAAUUAAUUGUUUCACCUUCCAUGCGAUCCUAUAUUGAAUAUUUGCAUUUAAUUAAUGACGAGAAGAAGAUGGUUACCUGGAAGCGUAUUUUUAAUGACUUUAAGCCAGUUCUUUUCCCAUGCGGUAUGACCUCUGAUGAAAAACGAAGUUAUGUCAGGCGGGUGCCUCUUAAUUACUUAAAAUUAAGAGAUAUAUGCUCACAAAAUUUGGUUAGCACUUCUUCUUUUUUGCAAGCAUGUUGGGCGAAGACGCUUUCGUUGAUUACUAGCAACAAAGAUAUCUGCUUUGGUAAUGUUGUAAGUGGACGCAACAUUCCAGUAGAUGGUGUGGAUAGCCUAGCGGGGCCUACCUUUAAUUCAAUCCCUUUAAGAGUAUUCUAUUCCAAUGAUGAUAAUCAAUUCAAGCCGAUGCAGAGACUUGAGUCACUAAAAAAGCUGACUAAAAAUUUAGAGCUGAGUUCAUUAAUUGAUGUAAGUAAAAUGUUGGGAUUUUCUCCGAAAGUACCAAUGUUUGACACAAUACUUAUCAUACAAAAUGGUCCUCUUGAUUCAAAUUUCGAGAACUGGAAGCUCGUUGAAGAAGAAUUGCAAAUGGAUUUUCAGUAUAUGUUGGAAUUGUAUCCAAAUGAGGAAGAUCAAGCUCUUUCCGUUGUGGCGACUGCAGAUCGUCGUAUUGUUCAUCACGUUUGUGAACUCUUCAUCAACAUUAUAAACUUUUACCUUGAUGAAGGUAUUGAAAAUACUCUCGAAAGUUACUUACAGCUUAAGAAGCAUCUUUCAAUAUACGAAUCGGAGAAUAUUACUGGGUCACAUCCAACUAGCCUUCUAGAGUUGCUUGAUAGCUCUGUACAUGCGUAUGCUAAUAAUAAGGCAAUUCGGUAUGUUGAAGCCGACGAUCAGUUGAUGAACAUGUCCUAUGCUGAUUUAAAUUUCUUGUCUAACCGUUGGGCAAAUUGGUUACUAGCCAAAGGUGUUUCGACAGGUAAUACCGUAAUUUCUUACAUGGAAAAGUCAUUCGAUCAUUACUGUGUUAUGCUUGCUUGCAUUAAAUUAGGUGUGAAUUUUUCUUCAGUAAACUCGUCUUUAAGUCAUGAAGAUUUUGGCAAGUACUUGCGAAAUAUAAAUGCAGGCUUUGUUGUAUCUGACAUGGAAUUUGAUGUGAACGAUACUGUAUGUUUGAGCGUAUUCGAAUUUGAAAGUCAACUUUCUUUUAGAACUCAUACUAGUUUGCCUAAAAGUUACAAUCACAAUAUGCGUUUUUAUUUCCCGAUCGGGGAUACGGAAAUGAACGCAGUGUCAAUUGAUCAUCGCUUGUUGCUCCACGCAAUUUUGGAUUUUUCGAAUGCAAGCAAGGUAGACGAAAAGUCUUUAUGGCUUCAGUUUGCUUCCAACUCGAAUAGCAUGCAAUUGUUCGACUGUUUUACAGUUUGGAUGAAAGGUGCAACUUUAGUGACCGCUUCCCAGAAAACUCUUAGUAAUAAACUUCCAAGAGUAAUUGUGAGCCAAAAUAUAACACAUCUUAAUGUCAACUCUGCAUUAGUGUCAAAACUGAACAAGGAUGUGACUCAGUCCGUCAAAUUAUUAAUAUCGUACGGAGGUAAACUAUCAUCUAAAAUACUGGAAUAUUGGAAUGGAAGACAUGUUAGGGUUCAUUUAAUGAAGAAUAUGAACUUUCCAUGUUUUCUAAAUACACAUUUCUCAAAUAAAACUCGGGAUAUACUUGGUAAACUGAUUGGGUGCUUCAAAGGUCUGAUCGUGCAUCCCAGCGCUAAAACUAUAAUUCCAAAAUGUGGAUUCGUUGAUAUGGGCGUGGAAAAACUUGAAGAUUUGAAGAGUCAGCUAAUUUAUCUGUCUAAACAAUCGCCAAAUGUUUUGGUACUGAUUGGGGAUAUGCCUUUAGAUACUGACGAAAAAGUUGAUGAAGCAUCUUUGAUGGAAAAAUAUGAGAAAGGUCAAUUCAUUCAUGAAUUCAGUAUUUUGGAUUUACUUCAAAAAAGCAAUGUAUCUUCCUUUGUUGAUGAUGUUUCAUCUUUGAUUUCAAACUUUUUUAAACUUCCUUUGGAGGCUAUUAAAUUAGAGUCGGAAAUUUCCUCACUUGGACUUGAUUCCUUAAGCGCAAUUCAGCUUUCAAGGACUAUGCGGAAUCGCUAUCAGGCUAAAAUUUCUGCUUUAGAUCUUUUGGAAUGUAAUACACUCUUUGAUUUAUCCCAGAAGCUACAAAAAAGCAUCGAAAGCCAACCGCCGGUGGAAUGUGAUGAAAUGAUUGACAAAUUUUUAGCUGAUAUCAAAGAGAGUACGAAGCCUCAUCUACCUAAUCUUCCUAAUAUUGACUGUGUAUUACCGUGUGUUGAUUCUCAAAAUUCGUUGCUAAGCCAAUUUCAUUCAAGUGGAGGGAAAACGAAUUUGAAUUAUUUCGUAUAUCGAAUGAAGGAUCAUGUUAUCUUUGGGGACUUUUCCAAGCGAUGGGAAAUAGCCAUUAAGAAGAUUUCGAUGUUACGCACAUACUUCGUAUCUAUCAAUAACCCACGAAGUCCGUUUGCCCAAGUUACCCUUGAAAAUAUAAACCCUCCAUGGCUCUUAAGAGAGCAAACCAUUGGGGUUGAGGAUGCUGUGUCAACAGCUGUUGGGAAUUUAAAACAGGCAUUAUUAUCGGAUACUACUAGUAUCCCUUAUUCCUUGUCUUUUAUUAGGACAAAUGAAAAUGUACACUACUUUAUCUUGGUUAUGCAUCAUGCUAUCUUCGACGAGCGAUCUUUGAAUCAUACUUUGAGAAUUGUGGAGAAUGCUUUGGAAGCAGAAGUUGAACUUUCUUCUCACGAAAUAAUCACUAAAAAAAUUCUUGCGUACAAACAACGUUCAAUUGAAAGCAAGGAAUAUUGGAUAAAGCAAUUAGAAGGUUUUGCUCCAACGUUAUUUCCUAAUCUGUGCACUAAUCGCCAUACAGGUGAUGCUAGGUCCAUCACCUCUAAACCGUCCUCAUUUGAUAUUUUUAAGUUUAGAGAAAUAUGCGGGAAGCUUAAUAUAAGUAUUCAGGCGUUGGCUCAACUUGCUUGGGCCAAGCUUUUAAGCUCUUACUGCUCUGAGGAUUGUAUUACUUUCGGUUUGAUCCUCUCUGGGCAAACGCUCAUGGAGGAUGAAAACGAUGCUAUAUUUCCUACAUUAACAACCAUACCCUAUUCGGUAAACGUCUCUGGUAGCGUUGGUGACCUCUUAAAAGACAUUCAAGAAAGAAAUAAGGGAUUUCUAAAAUAUCAAUACACACCAAUAUCUCAAAUUAAAAGAUGGCUUAAUUUGGGUGGUAAUGAAACGUAUUUUGACUCACUUUUGUCUGUGCAAGUCGAAGACGAUACAGAUACACCUUUAGAAAUCUUUUCAGAUGAAAUCGAAAGUCAGUCUUUUCUGGAAAACACUCUUGCUAUUGAGUUACGAGUAUUGUCUUCAAGCUCUGAAAUUGUUUUAAACUCGCUUGACAGAAGUAUUCCUAAGCAACAUGCACAACUAAUAGUCCAGCAAUUCGAUUGGCUGCUGAACUUGAUGGUAAGCCAUUUAGAUGAAGAUAUUGGGACACUUGAAAGAUUUUUACCUACUACCCUUCUUUCCGUCGUACCUGCCGAAGUUCAGGAUUAUCCAUGUGAAGUUAAAUUUUUACACGAAUUUGUUGAAUAUUAUGCUCGCAAAUUGCCUUCAAGCCUUGCCCUGGAGUUUGCCAAUCAGAUCCAUAUAAAUGAAUACAUGUCAACGAAAUUUACUUACCAGGAGUUUAAUUGCAAAGCUAAUCAACUUGCGCGUACCUUGAAAAGGUAUGGUUGUAACACCGGAACUAUAAUUUCCAUCUACUUCGAUAAAUGUAUUGAGGCCUUUAUUGCUAUAUUGGCAAUCCUUAAAGCAGGCUGCUGUUUCUUAGCUCUCGAUGUGACGGCUCCGCUAGAACGUAUUAAAUUUAUCGUUGACGACUCCUCUUCUGGUCUUAUCAUUUCAUCCAAAGAUCAAUUAGAAAAACUUCGGUCCGCAAAUAUAUCUGUCAACAUACUCAAUGCCAGUGAUCAUGGAAUUUACGACUCUGAUAGUGAAAACUUAACUAUUGAAGAUUUAGACGAAUCAAAUUUGGCUUAUGUUCUAUAUACUUCAGGAAGUACUGGAAAACCUAAAGGAUGUUGUUUAACGCAUAAAAAUGUGGUUCAAACUAUGAUGGCCUUUCAGCAACAAUUCUUAGGAAAGUGGAAUUCUGACUCACGAUUCCUUUCAUUCGCGUCUCUGCAUUUUGAUGUAAGCGUCCUUGAGCAAUACUUUAGUUGGAGUACUGGUACUUGUCUUGUAGCAGCUCCCAAAAAUUUAAUCCUACAGGAUAUUCCAACUGCUGUUCGCGUUCUUCGAAUUACUCAUAUUGAUUUAACACCUUCGUUAGCGUCAAUUCUAAAUCCUGGCAAUGCUCCUUAUCUCCAAGUUUUCAUUACCGGUGGUGAGCAAAUUAGACAGGAGGUUAUGGAAAUAUGGGGAGAUACGGGAGUACUUUAUAACUUUUGGGGACCCACUGAGCUGACGAUCGGAGCCAGUGCUUACCGCGAGUUACCCAAAAAUGCUCGAACUUCAAAUAUUGGACCACCUUUCGCUAAUUGUAGUACUUACAUUAUUUCGCAGAAAACUAAUUUGCCAGUCUUAUUAGGUGCCAUCGGUGAAAUCUGCAUGGGCGGUAAUCAAGUGGCUAAAGGAUAUUUGAAUCUGCCAAAGCAAACUGAAGAGAAAUUCCGUUUGUACCACCAAUUUAACGACAGGGUAUAUUAUACUGGUGAUUUGGGUCGUUUAUUGAGUGAUGGCUCAUUGGAAUUCGGUGGACGAGCCGAUGACCAGAUAAAGCUGCGAGGCCAGAGAAUAGAAAUAGGAGAGAUUAACUCUGUACUAAAAGCUUCUUCUGAAAAAGUUUUGGAUGCCUUUACUUUUGCUUUGGAUCAUCACGCUCUCCAUAAGACUCAAUUAGUUUCAUUUAUUCAUGUAGGAAGCAAUAACAAUGUUUCCUUAUUUGAUUUGGAUGAGAACUCUAUGGAAACUAUUCAAGUUGCGGACGAAUAUUGCAAGUCUCACCUUGCUACAUACAUGGUUCCUACAUUCCUUGUUCCAAUUAAUUGGGUUCCUCUUACGCCUACUAAUAAGUUUGACAAAAAGAAGGUAGUGGGAGAAUUUCAAAAACUUACUCAGAAUCAACUAUCCAGACUGUAUCAAAACAAGAAGACCCAAAAUUUGGAGGAAGAAACUUGCGAUCCUAAGGUCUUGCAAAUAAUUGCUAAGUUUUUGAACUUGAGUAUAUCAGAUUUUAAGGCUUCUACAUCAAUUUUUGAGCUUGGAAUAGACUCUAUAUCCGCUGUUUCGCUCGCAGCUAUGUUGAGAGAGAAUGGGUAUCUUUCGGCUUCUCCAGCCCAAUUGUUGAACGCGGUUAGCAUAUCGAAGAUUAGUAAAGCCCUAAUUGGUAACUUCUCCAACAAAAAAGUCAGCGAUAUUCCUGUUAAAACUAAGUUCUAUCAAAGCUUUGAACAUGCUGAUCUCGCUGAAAGUGUUAUUCCCUGUCUACCACUUGUUGAAGGUUUAUUAUUUGAACUGGAAAGAGGUCGGAGAAGUUUAUACUUUAAUACUUUUACGUUUAAGUUUCGUAGCAAAGAACAAGCAAAAGCGUUCGAAAAUGCUCUAAUAUUUGUUACGAAGAAGUACGAGGUUCUUAGGUCUGCUUUUAUUAAGUCCGAAAACGGUUACUUUCAGAUAAUCUGGAAAUCAGAAGUACUCGAUACGGUUGGUCAUCUUAACAUAACAAACUGUAUUUCUCCUAUAAAGAUAUUCAUCGAUUAUACGAACGGAAUACAUCAUGUCUCUUUAGAAAUGUUUCAUGGGAUUUAUGACGGAUGGUCUUUAGACCUUAUUUGGAACGACCUUGCUAAAUUUAGCCAAAAUUGCGAGUUGCCUGAACGUCCUUUAUAUUCGUUGGCUGUCCUUGAAGUUCUGAAGCAAAGCUCUAAUUUGGAUUAUACUUCGUUCUGGUCAAAGCUCUUUAGGAAGAGGGUUAGUCAACUUCCUCAGUUCAGUGAUGAAUUACCCGAAUCAAUGGUUUUUUCGCGUACCUUAUCUCUUUCAUACCUAAAAUUGCAAAACAUCUGCAGAUCGUCUUUCAAAACAUCUUUAUCAAGUCUUUUCCUUACAGCUUGGCUAUGUUUUCUUAAUAGUCAUUUUCUUGUUCAGACCGUCGGAACUGUCGUUUCUGGCCGCUCAAAUCAAAUAAAUCAUUUGGAUGUAAUCGGCCCAAUGUUUAAUACCCUGCCCUUCCCAUUUUUCGUAGAUAACGAAUCGUCCUUCCAAGAGCUCGUCAGUUCAACACAGUCUGUUCUGUCUUCUAUGCUUCCCUUUCACCAUACACCUCUUAGAGAAUUAAAGAAGUCUCUUCAAGUUAAGGAUCUCUUCAAUGUUUUAUUUGUUUACACACAGCAUGAGAACAAUCCUUUCGAUCAAAGUACUAAUUGGGAUAUGGAAAUAAAAAGCACCGGCACUGAAUUUCCGUUGGCGUUCGAAGUCGAAAAAUCGAAAGAUGACACGUUAAUAAUCAAUUUAGCAACUUCUUAUAAAUAUGUGGAAAGCCUUGAAACUUCGUCCCUUCUGUCUAUGUUUGAAGAAUAUUUUCUGCAAGUCAUAAACGCACCGAAAAUGACUUUUGAACCCCAGGAAGCUUCCUGUUUAAAUGAAAACGCCUUAAUUAAGCACAAGAUUCCUGAACAUUGGAAUUCAGUAUUGCAAGUAUUAAUUGAUAUAAUGUCGGAGAAGGUCAAAGUCUCCGUCGAAGAAUUUGAAAAGAAUACAUACAUAUACGAGCUGGGUAUUGACAGUAUUGAUUUGAUUUGGCUCUCAUCGAAGUUUUCAAGCGCAGGAUUAUCUAAAAUUGAUUUGAGCCAGUUUAUGACUGACCCUAGUUUGUUUCAUAUGCUGAAGUUGAUGAAUGAAAACACAACAGCUAAUGAACAGUCAUUGGAGAUUGACAUGAGAAAGAAUAGCUUAGCGGAUGGGAUAAAAACUUUAUUUAACACCGAGGAUUAUGAAGACUGUUAUAUGACUACUCAUUUACAAAGGGGAUUGUUGGUGGAGACUUUAAAUGACUCUUCUCUUUACCAGAAUGAUGCCAUAUUCCAAGUCGAUUCUUGCAUUGAUAUUGAGCGUCUUAAAGAAGCAUGGAUUGCAAUGAUCCAUUACAAUCCAAUCUUGAGAACAAAUUUCAAGCUUACAGACGUAGGUAAUACCCUAACGGUGGUACAAGUAGUUGAAAAUGUUUCUGAUUUUGACUAUAACUCUCACAUUGUCAGGGAAGAUUUCUAUUUUGAUGAACUAAAGGUUGCGAAGGAGUCUCUCAAAGCGAAACGUAAUUUUCCCAGUCCAUUUGAAACUUGCCCUUACAGGGUUACUUUUUUUAAUGUCAAGGACAAUCUUUACAUGUUUGUUGAAAUGCAUCAUGCUUUAUAUGACGGUUGGAGUUUGUCCCUAAUGUACGAUGAGCUGCUAUGUCGUUAUAAUUACCAAAAUGUCCCAACACGCAGGCCUUUCAGCCAAUUCGUUAAGCAAGUCAAUAAUAUAAGUUUUGACUUAGAAUUUUGGUCUACUUAUUUGAAGGACUUGAACGUUGUUAGACCUUUGCGACGACUGGGAAAUGAAGGAAGGCAUACUUGGGGGGCUUAUUCUUCAGUUACUUACUCAAAAUUGUUAAGUGCUUCUAAGGUAUAUGGGGUAAGUAUUCAGUCUCUGAUUUUUUAUGCUUGGGGAAUCUACUUAUCUCGCCUAUAUCAUUCUUCAGAUAUUAUAUUUCAUACGGUUUUUUCAGGAAGAACUAAAUUUGAAGGUGCCGAUAACAUUCUAGGACCCUGCAUGAAUACUAUACCGGUUAGGAUCAAGACUGGAGAUCAGAAGAAGGUGUUGAAAAAACUUACGCGUGAAUUGAUUGAACUUUGGAAUCAGCAGCAUACUCCACUUUCAAUAAUUCACUCAAAAUACCCACUUCUUCAGAAUUUACCUGUGGAAAGUAUCCUCGUACAUCAACGUUUACCAAAACAGGACGACGGUAAUAAUGUAAUAAAAUCCGUUGAUGAAUCGACCGGUAUCAAUUAUCCUAUUGCAAUGGAAUUUUCAAACACUGAGUCCCAGCUGGAAUGGUUUGCCUCAGUAGAUACUUCCUUUGUUCCGUUUCAAGGAGCUGAAGAUAUGGUUAAUCAGGUUGAUUUAAUUUUGAGUCAUAUCGUAAACGGAAAAUUAGCCGCAAAUACGACUGAGCCUUCAGAUGUACUUUUUUUCCGCGGUUACAAAAUAAGAUAUACCGAUUAUAAAGAAGCUUUGUUAGGUGCUGACUCUUUAAAUUCAGAAUCGCGACUUGUUUUGGUUGACAAUCAAAAGUCUUUACUGUUCGUUCCUUUUGGUGAAGCCUGUAAUCAAGUUUCUUUGCUUUUAACUGAUUGUACAAAGAGAUCUCUAAAGAGAUUAGCAAAGAAAUGUCGAACGAAGCUACCACUUUUCCUAAUGCCAGACUUCUUAAUACCUGUGACAGGCAUCUCGGAGUUACCAGAAGAAAAGGUGCAUGCUGAGCUUCUUGAAUUGUUUAAUUCUUUUUCUAGCGAAGAUAUUCAUCAAUUAAAGGGCAUUUUAGAACUUCACGAUGCACGACUUGAAUCAGUUCUGAUACAAAAUUUAUCUUCGUCACUUAAUAUUCCUAGUCAUCUAAUAAAUCGUUCAGUGACAUUUAUGGAACUAGGAUUGGAUUCGGUGCAUGCGAUUAAAUUUAGUUCAUUGUUGAGAAACAGUGGGGUUCCAGUAACUGUUCCAAAUAUACUUCAGAACCCUUCAAUCGAAUUCCUGGCUCAUUACAUUCUGUUUGAGUUGGAGGAUUUUACUGGUGAUGACAACGUAGCGGAAUUUGGCAACUUACUAAAUGCUAUUCCGGAAGAUUCGUCAAUUAAGAAAACCAAUAUCGCUGAUGUCUUCCCUUGCUCUCCUGGUCAAUUAUAUGCUUUGAGCGCAUGGAAUAAUACGAAUAAACUGAAGUAUUUCACAACCUUCUUUUAUUUAAGUAAUAGGAUGUUGGAUAUAGAACGACUCAAGGCCGCAUGGCAAAAACUCGUGAAAAGCUCGGACGUUCUUCGAACGACAUUUGUGAAGUCAACCGAUAGAGAUUUCGAGAUAUUGCAGGUUUUGACGCGCCAAGGCAACGCACCUUGGCAACAUCAAACAGAAACAGAGAAAGAUAUUGAAGCAACAUCUUUAGCGAUUGCUGAAGAGGAAAUGUCCUUAAAUACUACGCUUCAUGAGACGCCGUUGCGAAUCAGAUCUAUUGCCAUUGAAGGAAAGUUAUUAUUAAGUAUAAGUAUUCACCAUGCAUUAUACGAUGGCUGGAGUAUUAAUAUUUUACUCCAGCGUUUAUCUCAAUUAUAUGAUAAUCCAAAUUUGGAACCGAUUGAUGAAAAUUCUUCCAAAUCAAUCGUAUCCAAAUUGUAUAACUCGAAAGCCAUUGACUCUGCAAAGAGCUUUUGGAGCAAUCACCUGGCGGAUUGCCAACCUUGUGGUUUGCCAAAAGUACUAGGUGAUUCGUGUAACAAAGAUAUAUCUUUAUAUCUUCCUAGUGUGUUUGACGCUAAUUCUCUUUUAAAGAAAGCCCAGUCUAUGAACGUUAGUUUACAGAGCAUGGCGUUUACGGCUUUUGCGUGCGUCUUAAAUAAUUGGACUAAACAAUACGACUUGACAUUUGGUGUAUAUGUAUCUGGAAGGUCCUUGAAUAUUGCGAAUGCAGAAUCCGUGUUGUACCCGCUUUUCAAUGUCAUACCUUUGAAUGUCAAUAUGGGUAACAAAUCUAUUUCAACGCUUGUAAAAGAUAUUCAAAGUUUCAUUAUUCAGACGUCUGGUGUUUUACAGCAGUUGAGCGUCAAGGACCAUCCUAAACCUGGACUGGUUGACAUAACAAUCAACUUUUUUUCCGGCGCUGAAGCUAUGGAUUCGAGUAUAUUCACUCCUUAUGAAUUGAAGACGAAGCCACGUUGUGAUAAAUCGCGCAAGAUCGUCAGUAGCACUAUAGAUGGAUGCGACGUUUUAAAUAAUCCUGCGCCUAAGUUGGAUUUCGAAUUGGCUGUUCGCAACGGAAGGUUGGAUUUGGGAAUAUUUACCCAUUCCUCCAUAUUGUCGGAGAGCAAUUCGGAAAGAUUUGUUACAGAUUUUCUUACAGCGUUAGAUGGUUUCUAA